AUGAAGAUUCAGAUAGAUGAGGUCUUGGUAUACUUUCCUUAUGAUUCGGUGUAUCCAGAACAGCUAAAGUACAUGAGAGAAGUUAAGCGAAGCCUGGACAACAAUGGACAUUGCUUAAUAGAAAUGCCCUCUGGAACGGGCAAGACAGUUGCCCUUCUUAGCAUGACAAUAAGCUAUCAAUUGUAUAUGAAGUCAAAGAAUACCAACUUCAAAAUAAUCUACUGCUCCCGUACUGUUUCCGAGGUUGAGAAGGCAUUGAAAGAGCUAGAUGGAGUGGUGGGGUACAUAAAAAAACAUCGCCCUUUCGAGUUUCUUGGGCUAGGACUUACAAGUAGGAAGAAUCUAUGUCUGAACAAAGCUGCACUUAAAAGCUUCAAUGUGGAUGUUUCGUGCAGAAGGCUUGUCAAUAGAUUGUCUGAGUCUAGAUGCGACUUCUUCGAGAACCUUAAUAGUUUUCAUGAGGUACCUGUUGCUGUGUACGACUUUUCACAGCUCAAAGAGAUCGGAGAAAAGAAGGGAAUCUGUCCGUAUUACCUCGUGCGAAGAUCUAUCCCUGUAUGUGACUGCAUAAUAUAUCCGUACAACUACUUGAUAGACCCGAGGAUUUAUACAAUAGUCUCUAAGGAACUUGGGCCUAAUAGUGUCGUGAUAUUUGAUGAGGCUCACAACAUAGAUAGUCAUUGUAUCGAAGUAAUGUCGAUAGAGAUUAAGCGGAACAUUCUUGAAGGAGCUUCCAGGGCAAUUAGGAACCUAGAGAAUCUUCUUAAAGAGAAAGGAUCUGCUGCUGGGAAAGAAAGUGCACAAUAUGAGCAGAUGAAAGAAAAACUUGUUGAGCCUGUAAUCGACUCAAUCCCCUAUUUCUAUGCGACUGGAGAAGGAAACUAUGAAUUUAUCCCUGGAAACCUCAGGAAUUCUUUUCACUUUGUGUCUGCAUUGAAGAGAAUAGCCGAGUUCUUCAAAACAAAGCUAAAAACCACACACUUAACCACUGAAUCCACCGAAUCCUUCUGUAAAAGCAUCAAGGAAUUGUCGUUCGUAGAGAAAAAGGCCUUAAGAUUCUGUUCGCAAAGAUUAGGGAUGUUGUCCCAAUCCCUGGGGAUCGACGAUGAGGACAUGGGACACUUGAAGACUGUAGCAGACUUCUCUACAAUGGUUUCCAUGUAUUCAAAAGGAUUUGUGGUGAUAUUUGAGCCUUUUGACUCUCAAGCCCCCACUGUCUUUAAUCCAACUCUUCGCCUAGCAUGUUUAGACUCCUCAAUAGCAAUGUCUUCAGUCUUUAGAAGGUUUAGGAAUGUAAUAAUAACAAGCGGAACGAUGAGUCCCAUUGACAUGUAUCCAAAGAUUCUCAACUUUGUUCCUUCGAGAAUAGCAGAGAUCGGGGCAACUCUCGAUCGAAACUCCAUUUCUCCCCUAAUAAUAACAAAAGGUAACGACCAAAUGACGCUCAGGGCUCUGUCCGAGGAUGUGGAGGCUGUGGAUACACACAAAAAUGAUUCUCUUACCACAUCCUUUUCUCUUAGGUCCGACCCUUCUGUGGUCCGAAAUUAUGGCCAUCUAAUGGUGGAGCUUUCUAAGGUUGUUCCUGAUGGAAUUGUAUGUUUCUUUCCCUCGUAUAUGUAUAUGGAGGAAAUAGUGAGCCUUUGGGCAGAAACUAAUAUAAUCAGCGAGAUAAGCAAGAAUAAGCUUGUGUUCGUCGAGACGCCCGAUGGCAGGGAGACCGAGAUGGCCUUGGCGAACUAUAAGAGGGCAUGCAAUAAUGGAAGAGGAGGAAUGCUUUUCAGUGUUGCUCGGGGAAAGGUUUCCGAGGGAGUUGAUUUUGAAGAUGGGUAUGGGAGAUGUGUUGUGAUGCUUGGUGUGCCUUUUCAGUAUACAGAAAGUGUUCGUCUAAAGAAAAGACUGGACUUUCUUAGAGAGGAAUACGGAAUAAAGGAAUAUGACUUCCUGACGUUCGAUGCAAUGAGACAUGCAGCCCAGUGCUUAGGACGUGUUCUGAGAAACAAAAGCGACUACGGUCUCAUGAUACUUGCAGAUGAAAGAUUUGAGAGAAACGACAAGAAAAGUAAGCUUCCCAAGUGGAUACAAAGCUGCAUAGAUGGAGGGAAUUGCAAUCUGAGUGUUGAUAUGGCUCUUUCAAUUGCAAGGAGAUUCUUUAGAGAAAUGGCACAGGAAUGUAUAGGAACUGGGAAUAGUCUUCUAGGUGAAAAGGACAUAGAGACCUUUGUGUUUGAGUAA